CGUCGAAGUUCGUUUCAGUUCACCCCUUCUGCGGAUUUCAUUCGGUCUCCACAACAUGUCUGACCCUCGAGGCAAUAACGGGAAGGACCCCGCAGAGUCCUCCUCGGCAACGGGGAGAAGGGCGGAGGGUAGUAGAAAAGGUCACAACACGAAGACCUUUGACUCCCCUUUUAAGGUGGAUCCAAAGGCGAAUGGAAAACGAGAUGAUCCUGUUUGGCAUUUCGUUGCUCGUGGUCGUUAUUCAGAUGGAUCCACUGCGGUCGGGAGGAAGAACGGUCGCCGUUGUUUGUGCAGGUUAUGCGGUCAUUCUCUAUGUGGGGGUGCUCGUGAGGCGAAGGAACACUUUUUUCGUGGCGAGAGGUAUAGAUGCCACGUGGCCACUCCGGCGGUGUGGCACGCGAUUUGGUCAAAGGAUAUGUCCAAGUGUCCUGCACAUUUGGCUUCYGCCGUGCAGGCCUUGCAGAGUCUCCCUCUAGGUCAUCCCUCUUUUCAAUGGCCACCUCUUCGUUUUCCCGAUGACGUCGUUCCGCCGCCCCCGUUAACCGCUGCCCCCUCGCAAGUGGCGCCAUCUCCAUGUGCACCACUUGCUCCCCUCCCCCCUCGUCCGCUUCGUCAGACGAUUCCCGCAUCCGUUGAUGGCAAACCAUAUGUGGCAACGCAGCCUGAUGCGCAAGGCACCGUGCCAAUUUCAGGUGUCGGGGAACCUGUGYCGUUCGACGAGCAAGGCACUCGUGCUUUCGUCGAGGGCGGUGGGUCGGGGAAGGGCGCUGGCACAUCAUCAGGCCUCGCCCCGUUGUUCACUGGCAACAGGGWCAAGGUCCCAAGAGUUCGACGCGCAGACACACGUCCGGCCGUGGCAACAGCACCCACAACAGGACAUCAAUCCGCUGCGUAUCCAUGGUUGCCUCCCCCUUUUUCGCAAACACGACUGCCUACACCAGACUUGACUUCGACACCUGUUGGCGAGGCCGCUGCAACGGCCACUGAGGGUGCGGGAAACGUCCAGCUCGACGACCCCGUCCAGGUUUCGGAUUCGUCACCCACUCUUGUGCCCAUGAACGGCCCGACCUCGCAGCACGGUGUUUUUGGGACACUGGAUCCUUUACAGAAUCUGCGCAACAUUGCAGCUCCGAGUCCAGGCCCCACCGCAUCACCUGCGGUCGGGGGCGGGGUGUGGGAUUCGCUAGGUAUGGGCGCCGGUGCACGAGUGAGGGGCACUUACAGGCAGCAGGCGGUGACCUCGUAUUACAACGACCCGCUGGAGCAUGCAUGGCACCUGCAGAUCAUGCGAUUCAUUGUCRAGAGCGGCAUGCCGUUCAACUGUGUGAAGCUUGAGAGCUUCAAACGCAUGUUGACGUUGAUCAUCCCGUCUGGGGUUCCAGGAGUCCCCACCCCAAAACCCCCAACGUAUCACUUGAUCCGUACCACACUUUUGGAUGAGCUUGAUGUGGAAGUCCAAAAGUGUGUGAAACCUGUCCUCGCUACUGCAGCUACCUACGGUUGCACGAUAAUGACAGACGGUUGGACCAACAUUCGGGGCCAAACGUUGUGCAACUAUCUCGUCGGCACUACACGGGGCGCCACAWACGUCGCGACAGAUGUUAUGCGAGGAAAGAAGGAUGUCACUGCUCUGGCGCAGGCUUGGCUGCGAAGGUUGAAGUCCCUUGACAUCAAGCUCGCUGACAUCACCGCUUUCGUCACAGACGCUGCCAGCUCGAACUUUUAUGCGAUGGAGGUGUUCCAGAAGGAUGAGAGUGUCAAGCACAUCCUCUGGAUUCCUUGUGUGGCACAUGUCAUGGACCUCAUCCUUGAGGACAUCGGCRGCAUUGACUGGGUGGCGACCCGCAUUGCUCAGGCGUGUUUGGUCACAAAGUUUUUCAAGCGUCAUAGCCACKCUCGCGAAGUUUUGCAAGCUUUCACGACGAAGGCUCUGCUGCUYCCCGCCGAGACUCGCUUCGRUACGCAWGUGAUUAUGAUGCGACGACUUCUUCUGCUGCAAUCGCAUCUUAUGYAGGUGGUCGUUGAUGAUCGAUGGAAGGACACUGUUUGGUCAACGAAGAAGAUUCGAGACGACGCYGCGGAGGUCACAGCAUGUGUCGGUUGUCCUCAAUGGUSGGAGGAUAUGMGAGCGCUGUGCAAGUUGUWGGAUCCCAUCAUGGACAUGCUGCAGAUGGUGGACAGCGACACGAGGCAGAUUGGCAAGAUUCUGCGYYGGUACGACGAGAUGAUCGCGCGUUGUUUGUCURCAUGUGCCGCUUUGGAGAAGGACSAGCAGGACGCGCUGCUUGAAGUAWUUGACAGACGCCGYACCAUGUUCAARUCGCGUGCUCAUGUUGCUGCCAUGAUGUUGGACCCCGAGUUUCGAGACCGCACGAUGCCAGAUGACGAGGAGAUGCAGCACGGUUUGAAACUCGCUCUGAUUCAGUUUGGGUACCCGGAACAUUCGGAUCAGCACAACGAGGUCCUCACUGCCAUUGAUAAGUCCCAUUCCAGGGAGCCGCCGCUCGACGACGUGGCCAUGGACCGGGCGGCGAGGAGCUAUACCCAUCCAGCCUGUUUCUGGGAGUCGAAGGAGAAGAGGUUCCCGCACAUGGCCUUCUUCGCUGGCAGGAUACUGCAUGUGUGGGCGACUGUGUCGCCUUGCGAGAGAGCUUGGUCCCGUUGGAGUUUCAUCCACUCCAAAUCUCGUAACAGAUUGGAGGUGGCGUGGGCCGAGAAGCUCGUGCGAUGCCAUUGRAACCUUCGGCUCCUCGACAGGCAGGCUAUGUCGGACGAUGCUUCCAGUGACAGGCCACAUCCGUAUGGGAGUUGGGUGCACUACGGGCAGCAGGUGGAGGAGGAGGUGCCCACCGACCAGCAGCUUGUGGCAGACCGAGGAGCCCGUGUGACGGUCACGAAGGAGGAGUUGACGCAGGCAAGAGAGAGGAUGCGCGUCAUGUCCCGCAUGGGAGCCACUCGUCGCUUGCGGGAGUCUGACAGGAGGAGGUGUCGUGGCGGCGGUCGCGGAGGUGGUCGUCGGGGCGGUCGUGGGCGAGGGGGGCAUGAAGGUCCUGGCAGGAGGCGUAGUGUCGCGAGUCGUGGAAGGGCAGUGGACGAGCUAGUACGCAAGCCUCGACAGCGAUGGGAUGAGGGAGACUUUUUGUACGAGAGCUCGUCCAGCGAUGACGAGGAUUUCUUCGGGACUGGCAGGCCUGCACAGGAUGGCGACAACGAUUUCGACGACCGUCAUCCGAACGUGGGCGACGACGAUGGCGCCAGUGGCGAUGAUCACGGUGACGGAGGAGAUAGGCCACGACCUGCACAUGGUGACACGAUGCGCRCCGACGGGGCAGGGGGCGAGCACCGCACAGCAGUAGAUGACGCUCGAGAUGGAGUGCAUGAUGAUGGUUCACGACCUGUCUCGGGCAGUGACCUGACGCGCUUGAAACGCGGACCAAGGGAAAAAGACACUAUCGCUUCACGUGUGCACAAACGUCAUGCUGGGGUUGCUAGCAUUCCACUAUCACGAGUCCCCDCAACUGGGCAGAUUCCAGUUUCUGAGGACUCUUUCAGCGAUCACGGCGGCGAGGAGCGGAUCGAGCUGCAUGGCGGGAGCGGUCAUCCACGAGGAGGCGAUAUCGCCGAUAUGAUUACGAGCCCAAUGGUGUCUGCCACGCCCACAAUUUUUCGUGUUGGCAAACUACGCGAGGUGGCCCUUGGUUUGGCGGAGACGACGACGCGACACCGCCGCGACGGUCAGCUCAGCAUCGCACAACGCAGUCUUUCUCAUUCAUUUGAUGGUGCAGAGGAAGGGUCUCCUGGUGGGCCAGUUGACACACUCGAAAGAGAAGCAAGACCCCCAAGUCUGCCGUCAAACUCAGAGCAUCAUCCGAUUGCCGCGGUUGUCGGCGCAGAUGCGGGCGUCCCCGUUACAAACAGUGGCGCGGACGCGACAGAACAACUUGUGGUUGGGUCAUCGGCGACAACACGUCGCGACAGAGCCAUUGUUUUUCCGACAGUGGCAUUCUAUGCCAGCGGGAAGAGUACUGGGGGGAUGGAUGAGCAGGGAGUCCGGAAUGUUGGCUGGCCAUCUGCACCAUCUAUGGGGAAACGAUCCAUUGGGAGUGUGGAUGGUGCUCGGCAUACCGCCAUGGCAGAGUUUGGGGACCGACACGGUAGUGCUUUGAUGACGAAGACGUAUGAUGUCCAUGCUAUGAGAGCCGCAAAGGCGAGUCUUUCUCGGGCAAGGAAGAAGGCCUCGGCAAGGAAGGCGUCACGUUCAUCCUCACAUAUGCGUUCCCGAGAGAGAGGAUCGGGCGUUGUGCAUCUCGAGGACGGAGAGAUUGCACCUGACGGCGACGCAUUGAAUGUUGGAGGGAGGGAUGCAACGACGGCGGAUAUCGUCGGCAGGGAGGGCACGGGGAAUGCAGUGGCAGGUCAGAAGAGACGCGGCAGUGUACUUAUCGUCCACGAUGACAACACAGGGAGACGCGGCAGUGUACUUAUCGCCCCGGGAGAGACCACAGGCACUGAUGAUGCAAGAAACUCCGAUUACGUACCCAAACCACAGGCGGCAGAUGGAGAUGAUGGAGGAGGGCGACGAGUGAGACCGAGGACACAACUCGGACCGCAAGGGCAGCGAGCACAGGGCGCACCAUCGGCGAUGAUUCCUGCCCCCAUAGAUCGGCGAGCUCAGGCGCA